AGUCACCUGACAGACUACAACCAGCUGGGUAAACAUGGCGCCUGUCUCUGGAUGUGGACGUUACCUGUAGCGCUGCUGUCUGCUGUCUGGGUCUCUGUCUCGGUUUUGAGCCCAGGUCCACCGGACCGGGAUGGACAGGAGUCCUCCAGAGAGGAAGAGGAGGAGGAGAAGGAGGACAGAGAAGUCCCUCUGAGGCUGCUGUGAUCCUGCAGCAUGAAUGUGAUCUCAGUCCGGACCUUCAUGAGGCUGCUGUGAUCCUGCAGCAUGAAUGUGAUCCCAGUCCGGACCUUCAUGAGGCUGCCGCAGGAGGACGGUCUUUGUUAACCCAGUACGCUGCUGUGGAUCCGUCCCGGUGGAUCAAGUCGUCUCUCAGGUUGAUUACGAACCGUUCUCCGGGUGAGGUCUAGCUGCAAGGCCCGGUCUGCCAGGGACCCGUUAGAGUACUAGCUUCAUGGUGGUGUGAGUCUGUGGAGCUGAUUAACGGACUGACCCUGCAGGAUGAGCAGUCUGGAUGAGCCCCGUCCCUGUGUGCGGCCAGCUGCUGUGUGAGCACCGUGUGUCUGUGGAUCGUGCCGUGCGUGCGUCGUGGAUCGUGCUGUGCGUGGAUCGUGGAUCGUGCUGUGCGUGGAUCGUGGAUCGUGCUGCGUGACCUGCUGCUCAUGCCUGGUUCACCUCCAGCACUAUGAUAGGCUCACCUGACCUGGUGGCCUUCACUAAAGAGGAUGAGUAUGGGCAGAAUACUCCAGACCCCUGGGGUAUCCCUGAUGAGUUCUCUGUCCCCCUUCAUCCCCUGGCAGACUUCAACCCCUGGGCCAAAACCUCCUACGCAAAGUUCACCAAAGAUUUCAUCCUCAUCUCCGAGUUCUCGGAGCAGGUGGGUCCUCAGCCCCUCCUCACCAUCCCCGAUGACCCCAAAGUCUGCGGCACCUUUGACCUCAACUACUUCUCCCUGCGCAUCAUGUCUGUGGACUACCAGGCCUCCUUUGUGGGGCAUCCUCCUGGGACCGGCUACCCCAGGCUCAGCUUCGUGGAGGACUCCAGGGUGGUGCUGGGUGACUCCAAGGAGGGGGCGUUCGCCUACGUCCACCACCUCACGCUGUACGACCUGGAGGCCAGGGGCUUCGUGAGGCCGUUCUGCAUGGCGUACGUGUCAGCGGACGAGAGGAAGAUCAUGCUGCAGUUUCAGGAGCUCUCUCUGCGGUUCUCUCAGGCCUCCGAGAGUCUGAAGGCCGGGAACAGGAGAGCCUUCGCCAAGGAGCUGCAGAGGAAGCUGCGAGACCUAGAGUACACUCACUCUGUGUUACAGAAGGAGGAGGGGCUACAGAGGGAGGCGGGGCCUCAGACCAUGUACUCCGCCCACGCCGUGGAGAAAGCCAACGAGCUGGCCAACGUGGAGAAGAGCAUCUACGAGCAUCGAGACCUGCUGAGACAGAUCAGCUCGUACCACCAGCGCCCCCGCAGAGACCCCCACGCCGUCUCCUGCCAGAAGUGCAUGAACGAGUGUCUGAGCGAGUGCGAGGAGCUGCUGGAGAGAUACGCCAAGCUCGCCAACCCCGUCACUUACAACAACAGAGGGGGGAAGGUGGAAGGGCGGGGUCGGGCUGACGACGUGGAGGACGUGGACGGGGAGGAGGAGGAUGGCGUGAAGCGCAGGCCGUCCUACACGCCGCAGCUCAUCAAAGCCAAGUCUGCAAAGUGUUUCGACAAGCGACUGAAGACCCUGCAGGAGCUGUGCGACCAGACCUUCUACCAGGCCACGGUGGGGCUGCUGAAGGACACGGAGCGGAGCUUCAGGGGGGAUCUGUGCUACCUGCACACACGACACCUGGACAGGGUCUUACGCAGGAAGCAGCCGGUCACCAACUUCCUGUUUGAGGAGGAUCUGGGAGAGGACGAGGACUGGGGAUCUGUGAGACCGUUCUGUGCUGUGAAUCACGUGGUAGAUAACUUCACCACCCUGAACCUUCCCCCCAUUGUGCUCGGACCAGAUCUUCUGGAGCUGGACUCUCUGGAGCCUCCAGACCUCCUGGACCCGUCUUCUGAGACGAGUCAGACUCAAGAGAGCGAGCUCGGGGUGGUGGAGAGCCAUCUGGAGUCCUCCCCCUCAGACCAGACUCUGGAGACCCAGGGGAGCUCGGAGGAGACCAAAGGGAGCCUGAGCAGUGGGACGGGUCCCACUGACGGGCAGCAGGAUCUUAAUCAGACCUCUGAACCUCCUGACCUUGACUCAGACCUGACCCCAGACCUGGACCAUCACACUGACCUGGAGCGUGAGAGCAGCAGUGAAGAGAUGGAGACCACAGCGGGGGAGGACAGUGGAGGGGACCAGACCCCCGUGUCUCUGCUGGAGGUGGUCUCUGAGCUGGGGGGCGAUGGAGAGACUGGGUCUGCAGGGACUUGUGAGAUUGAGUCAGAUUUGUUGGUUCCCAUUGACACGGCAUGCUGUAUGUCCCAGGAGGGCUUCCUGUACGAGGCGUCUGCCCCUGAGACGGCGUACCAUCGAGACUUGCAGUCCUGUGACUCCAUGGUGGUGAACCAGGAGCCCCAAGCCCUUCUUCCUCUGCAGAACGACUAUGCGGUGGGUUCCCCGUGCUCAGAGAGCCCAGCAGGUGGACUGGAGCUCCCUGUCGGAGCUCUGGGAGACACCGUCUCCCGUACAUCCCUGGAGGAGGGGUCGGACUGUACCAUGAGUGCCUCCACCGGUUCGGAGCGGGCCGCGUCUCCUCUGGGGUACGGGAGGGUGGUGACCCUGCGUCAGAGGAAGAAGGCCGGGCAGGGGGCCUUGAGGUUUGUGCGGCAGUACCCCUUCGCGAUGCAGGCUCUGUGGUGUCUGCUGAGCGGGAGGACACUGGUGGUGCUCGGGACGGACGAGGGGAGAGUCCGACGCCUGGUCUCGGCUCUGGCCCUCUUUGUGCCCGGGCCUGGGAGGUGUGGAGAGCGAGUUCAGGCAUGGCUGUCCUGCCCCUUCACGCUGACCGACCUGCAGAGGUGGAAGCUCGUCGGGUUGCAGAGAGUGGCGUCCCCGGUGGGUUCCAGCAUGCUGUUUUCGCUGUCUCGCUACAGCCGCUACAUCUCCAUCCUGGACGCCGACCAGAAGACCUUACGCUGUCCGCCAUACUGUGGUCAACUCCUCGCCAACAUAGCCACCCACCGCACCUACAUCCGCCGGGGCUCCACCUACUUCCUCCACCUGCAGAGCACGCUGUGUCGCCUGGCAGCCAAGGCCUUCCUGUUCACCUUCACCCACCACCUCCACCUGCCGGUCAGCUCCACGGAGGGGCCCGAGGUGGUGGAGGGCCGCUGCCGCUGCUUCCUGCAGGAGCAGCUGGGGCUGGGCGAGGAGGACGGCCUGAUCCUGCUCUACCUCAGCCAGCUCAUCACACAGCAGUACCUGCAGCCCGCCACCGGGGGCAGCGCAGCAGCCACCUGUUUCAGUUUUAACUACACCACCAGCGUUUUAUACAAAAUCUGAAGAACACAUCCGGAGCUUUAGGAAGGUCAGAGGUCAGGAGAGACUGAACUCUGGAUCCCUCCGACUCGCUCUCUUCUUCUCUGGUCUCUCUCUCCUCUGUGUGCAGGAAGGAGGAGACAGAGCGAGGGAUGAACAGAGGAUGCUGGUCCUCUCAGAGUGAGGGAUGCUGUUUCAGGUGUAGGUGCAUGAGGACUCGGAGGAGGCGUGUUUUCUGUGUGAGUUAUGAUGCUGCAUGUCCAGAGUAUGACGUCACUCACCUGUGUGGUCACCUGCUGAGAGCGUGACGGUUCCUCUCAGCAGAUAUUUAACCCCGUCGUGUCGCUGUCGUCUGCCGUCGUGAGAGUGUCGUGGUGUCAGCAUGAGGCCGUCCCGCGUGGAGUGUCUCUGGUCGUGUUUGGAUCACGUGGCGGAGACGUUCUGAGACGGUGACGUCGUGUUUGUGUAGAUUUUAUUCUUAAAGAAAAAAAACGUACUUCCUGUGCCAUCGAAGCAAAGCGUUAACGUGACUCCUGAUGUUGAUCAGUUUAACUUAUUUAUUCCUCUCCUUCGUUUAAUGUGCCAUGAACUAAAGUCUGUAUUUAUUGUUAUAAUCUGGAUUAGGAUUGUUCCUCUGAGAUGAACCAGGUCUCCUCUGUGAGGCCUCAGAGUUUACUGUCACGGGUUUGAAGUCAGAAUAUAAAGAGGAUAAAGUUGUGAAUUUAGGAAAUGAAGUAUUAAUCAGACAGGAACCAGGCGAGUCUGGAGUUUUAUUUUGAAGGGCUGUGACCUAAGCAGCGUGUUUAAGAAGGUCUUUCACAUUAAAGCUGAACAAGUUUAAUGUUCAUGAUAUAAAAUCAAAGAUCCUCCAAACAUGAGGACUCCAUCACAGGUUAAUCUGAGUGACUUCAAUCCUGAUGAUGAAAACACGUCACACCUUUAUUCUGGUAAUAUUAAAUCUCUUAACUUCACAACUUUAUUCUCAUUAAAGAUUUUAACUGAAAACUUUAUUCUGACUUUAAAUUCCCAAGAUUCAAACUUGAAGUGAUUCUUUUUUUAAAGUUACAUUUUUAUAAUAUUCCAGCUUUAUUCUGCUAACUUUACGUCUUUAUUCCGGUAAUAAGACGACUUUACCUUCAUAAUAUUCCAACUUUUUGCUCUCACAUCUUUAUUCUAAUAUAGUUUAUUUUUAUUGAGUUUUGAGCGUUUUGUUUUUAUUGAUCGGUACGCUGAAGAAAAGGGUCGAGGCCGGGAAUCGAACCAGUGACUGCUGUGACUGUAGCCUCUGUGUACGAGUCACUGUUACACUCCUCUAUCCUGACUUUAGUCUUUAUUCCAGACUUCAUUCCCAUUGAAUUAAUUUAUUACCUUUUAUAUUCUGUCUCUUAAAACAUCAGGUUUAUCCUCUCUUUACUCUCUCUCUCUCUCUCUCUCCAUCUCCAUCGCUCUCUCUCUCUCUCUCUCUCUCUAAUAAACUGUGUUCACUGAAUCAGACUUCCUGUCCUGCGGUGGCUCUAACUCUCUGGUCCAGCUUCAGGAGGUCUUCACAUGUGUGUUUGUGCUUCAGUGAAAAGACUCUGAGUGUGUUUUUAAGGCGUGCUGUCGCGCUGACGCUGAGAUGACGUCAGACGCGGCGCUCUCGUUCUGUAUGUUGAAUGGUAACUGUUUGUGACUGCAUGGUCAGACUUUUAUUGUGAAGGUGAAAAACUGCUGUCCUUCCUGUCACUGUAAGGAACGUUUAUUGAACUUUGAACACCCCCCCCCCCCCCCACCCCUCUUUCGGACUGACUUUAGAGCAGUCUGUGUUUUAUUUUGAAACUUUGGAUAUCUCGCUGAUGUGACUUUUAUUUUGGUACUUCCCUCCAAUGCAAAAAGCAGAAUGUAAUCUAAAGAGCCAUACCACAGUGUGCUUAUCGUCCUCACACGGUGUCCUUAUGUUGCCAUAUCAUACCUUUUUGUACGCCACCAUGAGGGGGCGCUGUGCUCACCAUGAGGGGGCGCUGUGCUCACCAUGAGGGGGCGCUGUGCUCACUGUGCAGUGAUUAGAAUAAAGCACGUCGUGAAUGUC